GGGCGCGGCCCAGGUGGGCAGGGGCCUGGGCGGGGCGGGGGCCGCGGGCCGGAGCACCCGGAAGAGCCGCGCGCUUAGCGAGCGCAACAGGCGGCCGCCGAGGGCCUGGGGCUGGCGGCGAGCAGGCCCGAGAUGGACAAGCUGAAGAAGGUGCUGAGCGGGCAGGACACGGAGGACCGGGGCGGCCUGUCCGAGGUUGUUGAGGCAUCUUCAUUGAGCUGGGGUACCAGAAUAAAGGGCUUCAUCGCGUGUUUUGCUAUAGGAAUUCUCUGCUCACUCCUGGGGACGCUUCUGCUAUGGGUGCCCAGAAAGGGACUACCCCUCUUUGCAGUGUUUUACACCUUUGGUAACAUCGCAUCAAUCGGGAGCACCAUCUUCCUCAUGGGACCCAUGAAACAGCUGAAGCGAAUGUUUGAGCCUACACGUCUCAUUGCAACUAUCAUGGUGCUGUUGUGUUUUGCACUUACCCUGUGUUCUGCCUUUUGGUGGCAUAACAAGGGACUUGCCCUUAUCUUCUGCAUUUUGCAGUCUUUGGCAUUGACGUGGUAUAGCCUCUCCUUCAUACCGUAUGCCAGGGACGCUGUGAAGAAGUGUUUUGCCACGUGUCUUGCAUAAUACACAGCCAAUUUUGCAAAGCUUUGGAAGGCACUGUGGAUGGAAGCUGGUGGACAGUUUUGUAAAUACCUUUUAAACCUCUGUCUUACAGACACGUGCCUUUUAUCUUGCAAUGGCGUGUUGCCUGCGAUUCAAACAUCUGAGACUUGCUUUUGGAAGCAACAGUAUGUUCCCAAACCUGAAUGUCUGUAGCACAGUAGGAAGUGAGUUCUGUUCUGUAUCGUACUGAUUGGGAUCUUCCUCGUGCACCUCUUUGGGUGUUGUCCCUCAUAAAUAAAAACCCUGUUAGGCAGCA